AUGGACAUGGCCCGGGGCCUUCCACAAGGGGAGGAGGAGAAGCCCAUCAAAGAGACAGGAGUGCCAGUGAACGAGUCCCACAGCCUGCUAACUUAUCCUUCCUCCACCCCUGUAGUUGGCCCCAUGCUGAUCGAGUUCAACGUACCCGUGGACCUGACGCUUCUGGCGAAACAGAACCCCGAGGUGAAGGUGGGUGGUCGCUACGCCCCCAAGGACUGCGUCUCUCCUCACAAGGUGGCCAUCAUUAUUCCAUUCCGCAACCGGCAGGAACACCUCAAGUACUGGCUGUAUUACCUGCACCCAAUCCUGCAGCGUCAGCAGUUGGACUACGGCAUCUAUGUUAUCAAUCAGGCUGGAGAAUCCACAUUCAAUCGCGCCAAGCUCCUCAACGUUGGCUUUCAAGAGGCCUUGAAGGACUACGACUACAACUGCUUCGUGUUCAGCGACGUGGACCUCAUCCCAAUGGAUGACCGGAACACCUACCGGUGCUUCUCCCAGCCACGGCACAUUUCUGUGGCAAUGGAUAAGUUUGGAUUUAGCUUACCUUAUGUGCAGUUUUUUGGAGGUGUGUCUGCUCUAAGUAAACAACAGUUUCUCACCAUCAAUGGAUUUCCUAAUAAUUAUUGGGGCUGGGGAGGUGAAGAUGACGACAUUUUUAACAGGUUAGUUUUUAAAGGUAUGUCUAUAUCUCGCCCAAACGCUGUGGUUGGGAAGUGUCGGAUGAUUCGCCACUCAAGAGACAAGAAAAAUGAACCCAAUCCUCAGAGGUUUGACCGAAUUGCACACACGAAGGAGACAAUGCUGUCUGAUGGUUUGAACACACUGACUUAUAAGGUGUUGGACAUAGAGAGAAACCCAUUAUAUACCAAAAUCACAGUGGACGUCGGGACACCGAGCUAGCAUUUUGCUACCCUGAUAAAGACCUAAAACUGGCCAGGGACCUCUGCUGUGUCUCUGCCAACGUGCUGGGCUGGCCCCUCAUUCUUACCAAUCAGCGUGAUAGCCCCCUUCGCUCGUCAUUUACACGCCUUUCCGGAUGACCAGAACAAGUGGGGUAUUUUGCCCCCAGCUUGCCUCGGCGUGUGACUUCUUAGCUCUAUGAGGUGUUUGUAUGUGUAGAAACUGUCAGCCUCUGGGGGUUCUCAGCAUGUUCACAGUGUCACCCCAAAGAAUCAGAGUGUAUACAGCCCCACAUUUGGUGACUGUGGGACUCAUUCCCAGUGGUAAACUGCAAAUUUGUUGUGAAAUAGGUAAGAAUUUUGUUUUAAAUCGUGUAUUCUUAUUACUUUAUGCAAAAUUGGAGAGUGCUGCUGAAAUUGGAUUGGUGUGAUAUUUUUUGGUUGUCAUAUUUUAAACAGAAAAACUGUGUCAACCAUUCUCAUUUUACCCCCCCACACACACACCUUCUUUUAGUGCUACACAACUGUUCCAAUCACUGUGUGUAUCUCUUCUCAGCAAGAAUUCUAAAACGUGAGCCUCAGACCUUUUGCCCUGCUAACGUGUGAAUUCCAAGGCAACUUUAGCCAUCAGAGCAAAAUACUUGGGUGUUCUCACAUUCAGUGGCCUUUCUCCACAUUGCCUGAUUUCUGAAUGUAAAACUUUUUAGAAAGAGCAGGUUACAUUUUGUAGUAUUUUAAAGACCAAAUCAAAUUCUGAUUGCUGAUCUAGCUUGAUUUUGUGUUGAUCCAGAUUUUCAUGGCUGUUUAGUGUUCAAACAUGGCAGUUGAUUUUUCUGAGUAUGUUACGUAAACUUGAAUUUCCUAUGUACUUUUAUUGUGGUGUUUAAAUGUGAGGAAGGGACUGAGCAUUUUUUUAGGGGCGGGACAGGGGGCGAUUCUGUAUGCUGUAGUGCCCAUGAGCAGGCCUCUGAUUUAGCUGGCCGGCCAGGUUUUGUGAAGAGCAAAAUCACCUUUGGGUCCUUUGAUGAGGC